AUGCAAUGUCUGGUAGACGUUGUGCGACACAGCGCAUUUUUCCAGAUGGAUCAAAUUCAGAGAGUUGCACAGCAGGCCCUCGACCAGCAUCCGGACUUCCCUGCACCCCUCCGCCUCCACUUAGCUCGAACCUGCUUCAUCCCAGAGUGGAUCUUGCCCGCGACACGUCAGCUGGUCACUAUGGCCUUCACUGAUCUCACUCGAGAUAAUGCCGAGCUCAUCGGCAUCAAUGCAUUUUAUCUGGUUGUGCAUGCCAGAGCGCGAAUUGAUCAUCUCCGUAGGACGUGCGCACUCCGCCCGCCAAAUCCCGUCCAUCAUACGACAUGGUGCAAAGGGGAGGGGUCCUGUGAACGUGCCUGGAAAGAUGCAUGGUUUGGUGCAUGGGACAGACCUAGCAUCGCGACCCUCCUCAUACAUCCUGAUCGCUACGUAUCUGGCUCGAAUAUCCUCACGAAGCUGGAGUACAUGAAUACUGGCGACAUGGAUAUUUCAUGUCACAACCUCAGUGUCGCGAAGGUGAUUGCUGGAGGGGAUCCAGCGAGAUGUGCAUUCACUGCGUUUUUGCCCUUAUGUCUGGGUGCAAGAUACCCCCAUGGAUACGUGGUAUAA